GAUAUUAUUAUUAAUAUUACUCCAUUAUUUAUUCCCAAUUAUUGUAACCAAGAAAUAGAAUCGAUGAAAUCAAGAUAUCAAAGACUGGGAGAAAGAUAAAUAAUCUCUAAAGAGUAUAUUUUCUUUUAUCUGAAUCAUGUCAGAGGAUUCAAAGAAGCAACCUGAUGAACUUCCUAAAGAAUCAUCACCAGCCCCAUUACCCAUUCUUGAUCGGAGUAGCCCACCAGGUGGGAAAAUGUCAUGGCCAGAAUUACUAGGAGUGACAGCAGUGGAAGCAGAGAGGAAGAUAAAAGAGGAGAAACCAGAACUGAAGAUACAUAUAAUUCCACCUAAUUCCAUGGUGACUAUGGAUUACCGUUUAGACCGUGUUCGUCUCUUUGUUGAUGAAUCUGGAAAAGUUGCUCAAGAGCCUAGACUUGGCUAAAUCACAUAUUUCCCAAAAGCAGACUUGUAAAAGAUUGAGAAUCACAUGUCUCCUUUGCUUUUCUAUGUGAAAAUUAAUGUUGUAUUACUAUGUAUAAUGUGUAUGUUUGUUAUGUCUAUUCAAUCUGGUUUCUCCAUAGAUUAUGAAUAAAGGUUGGAAAAUGAAGUAUCAUCUCCAUAGGUAAUUCUUGUUUAUAAAGUAAAAGCUUCCUUAUGUAA